AAUGGCGGCCGGCGCAAAGGGGGCGGGGCUUGGAGCCGCUGCCUCCCCACUUCCGCUGUGUCUGUCCCGCGCAUGCGCAGCGCCUGCCGGGAGCUGUAGUUCGCCCCCCCCACCCUUCCCCGCGACGGCGGGCUGAGGCCGGCCGGAAGCGCCUGCGGCUGGCCGGAAGCGGCCAGGGAGCAUGCUGGGAGCGACUCUCUCCCCAGCCUAGCUGGGGCCGGGGGCGGCUGCUCGGGGGGCGGCCGCCCCUCCGCGGCCCGCGCCCAUGGAUGGAGACAGGCCCCUCCGCGGGCCCAAGCAGUGCCCCUGUGGCAGGAGGAUCUCAGUGACAGACGAACACGAGCGCUGCGUCCUCUGCUUGGGGGCGAGCCACAGCCUGCGUGGGUGCUGGGCUUGUGCCAGGAUGGCCCCUUACGCGGCGCGGCUUCGCCAGGAGCAUCUUCACUCCCUGCUGCAGGCACAUCCCGGCGGGGGUGCAGUCCUGCCCCCUCGGCAGGUGAGCGGCGGGGCGGCGAAGGGGAAAUCUGCCAAGCGCAGGCGUGAGCUCGCCUUCCCUGCCGAGAGCCAGGACUCCUUCCCUGUGCUUCAGCCGGGGACGCAGCCUUGCCCCCCAGCAAAGCCUGGAAAGGCAGCCCCACUGAAGGACCCUGUGUUGUUAUCUCUGCAAACUGAGUCACCUCCACAUAGCCAAACUUGUGAUGUACCAGACAACACGUGCUCCCCCCAGAAGAAGCACUGUCAAGCAAGAACUAAACAGAACCUGAAAGCUUUGAGCCCACCAACGCUGAAGCCCCCACCUUCAGGCAGUUUGGUGUCCAAGUCACAACUCCAUCCCCUCCACUCAGUGUUGGGACCAGAACACCAAUCUGGAGAAUCCCAGUGGCAGCGUAUGCUCUCAGACCUGGCCAAAUCCAUCCUCUUAAUUGCUGAGGCUGCUUCAAAAACCGGAGAGCCACCCCCAGAACUUGCUACCAAACCUUUGGUAAGUCCCAGUGCAGCUGGGAUGCUUUUGGAACCGAAGAUUGUGUCUGGACCCCCAGAGCCGACCCACUCACCGAACAAAGUGGCUAUCUCUGUUCCUAUGCCCCCUCUGCCAGUGGUGCCUGCACAGCCGCUGUCACCCCCCUCUGAGUCAGUGUCCUCUCACCCCACCUCCCCAUCGGUAUCUUGCAACUCGUCCAGCUGGAAGCCAGAUGUCACCUUGAGGGAUGAUGACUCUUGCUGCAUUUCCUCCAGAGAGGAUGAUUUGAUUGAUUUUAGCCACCAUUUUAGAGCAGAAGACCGUCAAGAUAACAUUUCCACAUCAGAAAAUCUGUCUUUCCCCCAGUUCCUGGAAAGACUGGCUAAACUUGUUGGGUUUCAUCUAAUUCCAUUCCAGGAGUCUACAGGGAGCCUCAUUGAUCGGUAUCUGGAUCAAAAGCCCUCCUGCAAUAGAGUUGCCAUGCCCUUACAUCCUAUCUUGGACAAGCUGGUAAAGAAGGUGUGGCAGACACCCCACACGGUUCCUCCUGUGUCCAAGGAAAUUGAGAGAAAAUACAUCCUCCUGGAGGAUGCAGCUGGUUACGUCUCUCAACCCGCGCACGAGAGCAUGGUAGUUGAGGCGGCAAUGGCGAGGGAAAAGACCAGCUGCGAGCACAGUGCUGCGCCCCAGAACCCAGACCUGCGACGCCUCGAUUCAUUUGGCCAGAGGGUUUACCAGUCAGCAGCCGCAGCCCUGCGGGUCGUGGAUUAUCAAAUCUACAUGGCCAGAGGGCAAGUUGAGCUCUGGAAGAAAAUUUCUGCACUAGCAAAGCCUCUUCCAAGGGAUCAGCAGCAGGAGCUCCAGAACAUUGUUCUCGAGGGCAUGGACUUGGCAAGGCACCAGGUGCGAGCAGCCUUUGAUGCGGGAGAAACAGUGGCAAGAGCUGCUGCGUCAGGGGUGGAUGCCCGGCGGUCGGCUUGGCUGCAAGCCUCUGGCUUCCAUGAGGAGGUCCAAACGAAGCUUGAGAAUUUGCCCUACACAGGGGAGAAUCUCUUUGGGGAACAGGUGGAAGCUACUUUACAAAGAGCCAAAGAAAGGCAGGCCACACUGCGUUUCCUUAGGUCUGUGUAUUGCCCCUCGGCUCCCCGCAGUGGGGUUGGGAAAGGGAAAGCUCCACUCCACAAGCCAGCUUUCACUUCCACUGUGGGUUUCAAGGGUGUGCAGUGCCCUUCUGGGAAGGGUGCCCCACUGCAGUAGCAAGAUGAGGUGCUCUUGAUCCCCUUCUCUACAGACGGCAAAAAUAAAAGGGAGUUUGAAGAGCCCAACACACUUAGCAGGCAUUCAGUAAGCCAAUACUCAUUAGCAAGAUAACUCGUUCUCUUUUUUUUCCUCUAUAGCUUUUGAGUUGAGUCAUAAGCAUUAUGUAUGGCUAGAAAAUCACACUUAAAAACAAAUGUAUGCAUACAGAUUUCCAUUCCUCGGCUCCUAAGAGUGCUCUGAUAAACCAUCUCACUGUGGAAAGCAGCAUAGGGUCUGAUUCCUCUUGGCAAAGGGAUCAGGCCAUGGGGAGAAGGAAUACAGCCUAACAGGAAAAGUUAAAAAACAGGAACAAAAAAGUUCAAGAUACUCACCCAGGGAUUCUGGGUCCCUCCCAGACUAAGACAAGAGGCUGCUGAUGCAGCCUCCCGCAGAUGCUACAGCAGGGUAGUUUAUCAGCAGAAGCUUUUUUAAAAGGUGAUCUGCAAAGUUUCUCCAGAGUUGGUUAUCUUGGUUGUUUGAGACUCAUUUUCAUCAAAGAGGCUGGCUCUUCCUUUUGUCAGCUUAACGUCAAUCUGUUAAUUUUGUCUCAAUGAAAAUGUAUCCCUCCCUUCUAAAGACGGAAAUCUAAGUAAAAGUUUGGGUAACGUUUGCUACUGCUGAUUCUGUUAGACGUGGAUGAAAAAAUUCUUUCUCUCUCCGAGGAUAUGUCUGGAUGGAAAAUUGAUUGGCAUAACUUUCCAAACUAACUGUUCUGCUGCAGUUAACCCGUACUCUCUGCUGUGAAAUGACUUUACAUUUAUUCUUAAAUAAAAUCAAUUUUAUUUCAGACUA